AUGGGUUACACGGCUAAGUCGACCAUCCCUCUGAUUCCCCUCGCACGCGAUGCCGUUCUGCUUCCAGGAGUCACUCUUCGCAUUCCUGUUUCGGGUCGCGCCGACAUCCCCCUGAUCCUAUCCUCAGCCUUUCAGCGAACUAGAAACCGCACCAUCACUGCCAACAUCCCAAUCGGCUGUGUACCCCUCAAUUCUCCGUAUCUCAGCAAGGAUGGGAAGGACCUCAUUGAUAGUGAUCAGCAAGAGUCUAAGUCGGAGCCACAUCAAGAAAUCCACCCUAACAAGGCCAAGAAGGAUGACAUCUUCGGCUUUGGUACACUUGCGAAGAUCGUUGGCGUUCAAGGCACCCCAAGUCAAGAGGCGUACCUGCUGGUCGAAGGCCUGCAGAGGUUCAAGGUUGAGAAUAUCCUCCACGAACGGCCAUACUUUGAAGCGGAAGUACAAUUCUUCGAAGAGGAAACGCCCACCGCAAAUGACGGCGACAUUAGGGCCAGCUUCACUCGCUUGAAGCAGAGAUCGCGUGAGCUUCUGACCCUGCUAAGGCUAUCCUCGCUCUUCAGACCUGCUUCGAUGGGACUGUCGCCUCUUGUUGUGCGACGAUUUGAACUGUUCAUCGCCAAGAAGGAUCUGUCCCAGGCUGGCGAGCUGGCUGACUUCAUGACCGAUAUCAUCGAGGCCAGUUACGAAGAUAAACUCCGGGUUCUGAAAACAUUGGAUCUGCACGAGCGGCUGGAGAAGGUUUUGGCUCUGUUGAAUAAGCAGAUCACCGGCAUUAAUGGCAACAUCAAGAUCACAUCAAUCACAUCUACAACACUGCCCUCAACUUCUGGCAUCGAUAUCACCAAUCUAGAUCAGAAGCAGCGCGAGGCUUUGGCGAGGAGAGCACUGUCCGGCAUGGGCGGUAUGCCUCCUGGCGGCCCCUCUCAGGGCGACGCUGAAGACGACAGCGAGGUCAACGAGGUCGAGGAGCUCAAGAAGAAGAUUGCUGAAGCCGGCCUAUCACCAGAAGCGCAGAAAGUCGCCGACAGGGAACUACGGAGACUCAAAAAGAUGAACCCCGCGAAUGCUGAAUACGGAGUGAUCCGGACAUAUCUCGAGAACUUGUCCGAGAUUCCCUGGACGAAGAUGACUGAGGAUCAGAUGGGACCUGAUACACUGAAGCGCGCUCGAAAGCAGCUCGAUGAUGAUCACUACGGUCUCGAGAAGGUCAAAAAGCGUCUAUUGGAGUAUCUGGCUGUGCUCAAGCUUAAGCAAUCAGUCAAUGCCGAUAUUGACCAACAGAUCGGUCGACUUACUCAUCAGCUCGCUCCUCGAGACACUGACGAGAAGGAGAAAGAGCAGGACAAAGAUGAAGAGCGCAUUCCCGAAGAGGAACGUGAUGCCGCGACCGCGAAGCUCCACGUUCUCAAGUCCAAGCGCAUGGUCGACAAAUCCCCCAUUCUGCUUCUAGUGGGCCCUCCGGGCGUAGGCAAGACGUCUUUGGCCAAGUCUGUUGCUCUCUCGCUAGGCCGCAAGUUCCAUCGCAUCUCUCUUGGCGGAGUUCGCGACGAAGCUGAAAUCCGUGGUCAUCGUCGGACCUAUGUAGCCGCCAUGCCCGGCCUCAUUGUGUCAGGACUUAAGAAGGUCGGUACUGCCAACCCAGUCUUCCUCCUGGACGAGAUCGACAAGAUAUCCUCAUCCAACUUCCAUGGCGAUCCUUCCGCUGCGAUGCUGGAAGUGCUAGACCCGGAGCAAAACCACAGUUUCAACGACCACUACGUCAACAUCCCCAUCGAUCUCUCUAAGGUCCUGUUCAUUGCUACAGCCAAUACACUCGACACCAUCCCUCCACCUCUUCUCGAUCGCAUGGAGACUAUUCAGCUUCCUGGCUACACCACGAUCGAAAAGCGCCACAUCGCCAACAACCACCUGAUUCCUAAGCAGAUCCGCACGAAUGGCCUAUCAGAAAGUGAUGUGUCUUUCUCCGACGCUGUGGUCGACGCCGUCAUCACAGGCUAUACGCGCGAGGCUGGCGUGCGCAACCUCGAACGCGAAAUUGGCUCUGUCUGCCGUUACAAAGCAGUUCAGUACGCCGACGCCCGUGACGCCAACCAGCCAGAUUCGUAUUCGCCCCAAGUCAAGCUGGAGGAGCUAGAAGACAUGCUAGGCAUCGAACGCUUCGAGGAGGAGAUUGCGGAGAAGAGAUCGCGCCCAGGCGUGGUCACCGGCCUUGUCGCUUACGCCUCGGGCGGGCAGGGCUCCAUCCUCUUCAUCGAGGUCGCUGACAUGCCAGGAAAAGGCCGCGUACAGCUGACGGGCAAGCUGGGCGACGUGCUGAAAGAGAGCGUCGAAGUCGCACUCACAUGGGUGAAGGCGCAUGCGUUUGAGCUCGGCCUGACGCACGACGCCACCGAGGACAUCAUGGACAAGCGCUCCAUCCACGUGCACUGCCCCGCGGGCGCGGUGCCCAAGGACGGGCCCUCGGCCGGCCUGGCCCACACCAUCGCGCUCAUCUCACUCUUCAGCGGCAAGAGCGUGCCGCCGGGGAUCGCCAUGACGGGCGAGGUCAGCCUGCGCGGCAGGGUCAUGCCCGUCGGCGGCAUCAAGGAGAAGCUGAUCGGCGCGCACCGCGCCGGCGUCAAGAAGGUGUUGCUGCCCCAGCAUAAUCGCAAGGAUGUCCGGGACGUGCCGGCCGAGGUCAAGCGCGAGCUGGAGAUCGUCCAUGUCAAGCAUGUGUAUGAGGCCCUGAGGAUUAUCUGGCCUGAGAGCGAGUGGGCGAGUGAUCGGUAUUGGACCAAGGUGGAGAGUCGGUUGUAG